AUGGAGGGGCACGGCAUUCAGCUUCGCACUCUCAAGGACUGUCUACAGUUCCUGCUGUGGUUAAAGGGUCACAGUGGUAUGCAAAACCAGGUGAUUAGUGAACUGGUUAAGCGUUAUGGAGAAUCUUAUAAUCAUAUUUCGUUUACGGGCCAACUGCCACCUGCUGUCUCCGAAUUCCUCUGGAACGUGUCCACGUUUUAUAAUAAAUUAUGCCACAAACCAGAUCCUGGCAGUUAUACAGCGAUAAACGCUGACCAAAUCGUCCACGCGCUGCUCGACUGCAUUCCCAAGUUCCUCGCCGCUUUGUAUUUUUUGUGGUACAAUGUGGAUUAUAGAUUCGAUGCGGUGGGAGGAGCGAAGUGGAAGUACAAUUAUCCUGGGUGGGAGACUACUUGGGUGAGAUAUGUGUGGCAUAGAGAGUAUGGAGGGAGGCUGCAGAAUUAUCUCAGGGCGUCACUGAGCGUUAAAUACGGUGGCCUCAUAGCUGGUGGGUUCAGUGAAAACGAGGUGACGUAUGGUUAUGACUAUAAUUCUCGCUAUGGUUACUGGUACGGUGAGAGCAUGGUAGAUGACCUACAGAAGAUUUUGUACAAACAUAAUGAUAAGUACAAUUAUUUCCGGGACGUAUUUUUUACAACAGUCAUUUCUAAAUCCGGCUUACAGAAAUCGAACACUGCGAACGUUCUUGCAUUGGUGAGAACGUUUUGCCAAAUCGUAAUUUCGGUAAAGAACUCUGACGUCGGUAAGUUGACAAAAGCUUUGGAAAGGGAGUUAAAAGACAAAUGUAUAGAUUGGCAAGAAUUAAAACAGCAUUGCAAAACUCUCGAGCAGCAACUUGGAAAGUUGUUCAAGAACGAAGGCUUUUCCUACACAGGCCAGGCGCGGACUGUCGACCAGCUUAACACUGAGAGAUUUGCGGGGGAGACAGCGGUAUGGUUGCGAAGAAAUUUGCACGAAGUUCAAAAGAAUGUGAAACGAAUAGAUAAAAGUUUCCCAGUCGACAACACUCGACAUUUGAAUUAUCUUCAGCAAUUUGCAACCAAAAACAUAUUCCCCUACGGUUUUAUAUUUGGUAAAGACAGAUAUGGAACGCUGGGAGACGCGUGGAAGACGUUGUCAGAUCAUUGGCCCGGUGUCAUAGAUAUGCUUGGCAAAAAUGGUGGCGGCUUAGCGGAGUUAAAAAGAAUUCUGGAUGGUGGACGGUGCCGUCCGCCGGCUCCCCCUCCCAAACCCCGACCUAGGCCGGCGCCUGCGCCCAGGCCCCCGAGGCCUGCCAGACCUGCGCCUACACAAGGGGCUUCCAGAACUUCGGCUGGAAUGACAACCGGUGCAAGGCAUCUUGGGGGUUCGUUGUCUCGUGGGAGUCAGGGUUCUGGUGCUAGAGGAGUGGGAGGGCAUAACCGUAGAAGCAUGAUCCAAGUUAGAGGAGGGGGGCAAAACAGUGGAAAGGCACGGGGGACCACAAGAAAUGGAAGACACCACUCAGGGCCUCGAGGUGCUUCAGGAGCCAGGGGCGCACAGAGAAGCAGUGUUCCAGGGCAUACGGGAUCUACUAAGCCCCAACCCUUACAACCUCAAAAUGAUCUCCAGUCUCAUCCUCAACAAGCACUUCCACCUACUGCCGCCAGUGCUCCUGGAGGCCUUGGCCCCGGUGGUAAGGUGGCGGCUCACGGAGUCAAGUUAGACACCCUAAAGGACUGUCUCCGGUUCCUGGGCUGGCUUAAUAGUGGGCAACGGAUGAGUGUCCGUCAUGAAGUCUCACAUCAACUGGUUAAGCGUUACGAUAAAUAUUAUAGCUUUCCGCAAUUUAGAAACGAAUUGCCAGAUUCCUUAAAUGGUUUCCUCCGCAACGUGUCAGAGCUUCAUAGUAAAAUAAGCAAAAGUCCAGAUCUGGGUGAUUAUGAAGACACAAAUCCUGAUGAGAUUGUCAAAGCCUUUUGCGAAUGUCUCUCUAAGGUACACGCUGCGUUUUCCCUGUUACUCUUCCACGUUGAUUAUUCAUAUACUCAUGUGGGCGGUGGGAAAUUGGCUACGCAGACCACCAGGUCAGGUGAUAAUGGGCUUCAAGCAUUUUUCACGGGCAUCAAUGGCAUCAUUACCGGUGGCUUCCGCCCCGAUGAUCUGCAAGUUUUCACGGGUCAAAGUUUAGCCGAAAAUCUAAACAAUGCGCUUAAAAGAACUACCAUAACCCCUGACCUUUUCACCAGCGUCCUUUUCGACAAUUUACUUAAGGACGAGUGGCAUAACUUGGACGCUGGGAACGUCUUGCUGUUGCUGUGGGCCUUUUGUGACUAUGUGAAGACGCAUGAAAAAGACAUCACUGGUCUAAGAACAAAAUUGGAAGCGGAGCUUAGAAGUAGAGGCAUGUGUUUCAAAUGGGACGAUUUGGUAAAGCACUGCAGAAAGCUUAAAACAUCACUCGACGAAUUGUUCGGCAGUGAUGAUUCUCCCGGAGGCUUUUCAACUACCGGCAGGGCAUUUGAUCCAACUGCCCUUAAGCCCGAAGCGUUUGCCGGGGCAUUCGAGAAGUGGUUUGAAAAGCACUGGGGGGAUAUCGGCAGCGCAUUGGGAACCAUUCAGGAGAACGUUGCGGAUUUAGAAAGUGAUCCCAGUGGUUUUUCCCCCGAAUUUAUAUAUCCCUACGGUAUAGUGUUAAACAAGAAUCAAAGGGACAAGUGGCCAGAGGGAUUGACAAAUCUGCACGGUGUUUUGGAAACGCUUGGAAAUUCCGAUGAGGGAGACCUGAAAACGCUCAAAGACAUUUUAGGAGGUGAAACGUGUCCAUCGACGCCUCCCCAGGAAGUUGUGCCGGAGAAGAAAGUUCCCGUUGUGCCACCUAAAAAGCCUGAAGUGCCGCCUGCCACUGAGGAUACUGAAGCACAGAACCAAGGCAAGAAAGCUGAUGGUACUCCCAACCAGGGUAAGAAAGCGGAGGGAGCACAGAACCAGGGCAAGAAAUCUGAGGGUGCACAGAACCAGGGCAAGAAAGUGGAGGGAGCACAGAACCAGGGCAAGAAAGGUGAGGGAGCACAGAACCAGGGCAAGAAAAGUGAGGGAGCACAGAACCAAGGCAAGAAAAGUGAGGGAGCACAGAACCAGGGGAAGAAAGCGGAGGGUGCACAGAACCAGGGGAAGAAGGUGGAGGGAGCACAGAACCAAGGCAAGAAAAGUGAGGGAGCACAGAACCAAGGCAAGAAAGCGGAGGGAGCACAGAACCAAGGCAAGAAAGUGGAUGGAACUCCACCUUCACCAGGUGUAAAGUCUCUUGCUCCAGCUACGCCUUCCGUUGGUGGAGGAGCUUCAAACCCGGCAGGGCCCAAGGGUGAUGUAGGCUCAAAAGGGUCUAAAGGUGAUCGAAGACAGCCAGGGACUACAGGAGCUACAGGCCCGGCAGGGCCUAGUGGUUCAGUGACUACGGUGUCCUCGCUGACUCCAGGUUCACCAAUUAAACAUGUUGUACAAGUUCAACAACAGCCUCUCCCUGCCCCGCCUCCUCCCCCUCUUCGUGCAUCCCCUGGCCCCGCUGGUCAGCCCGGUAGCGGAGGUGCGGGUUCAACGUCCGAUGACGCUGCAAGUUCAAAGCCUGGUGCCAAUCAAGUCACUGCGCCUAGUCAGACUCCGGGUGCUUCAGGUUCAAACACUGGGCCACCUGGUGGUCAGGGGCCUGGUCAAAUUGCUGGUCAACAUGUUCCUCAACCAACAAGUCAGAGCACCGAUCAGAAUUCAAGCAGCGACACUACUACGUCGGCUGGCACGGCGCCUGGUGGAGGUGGGAGUGAUCAGCUGGAUCCUGCUACGGUUAAACUCAAAAAUCAGUUGGAUGAGUAUGGUAGACGGCAACUAGAGAAGAAGAAUAGGGAUAUUGAAGGUUUACGGGUAUCCUUGGACCGUGCGCUGCAGAACGCUGAGCAAAAGCAGCAAGAGAGAGAAAGAAAACAAAAUGCCCAGCGUUCAAAUAUAGGACGCCGACAGUAUUACAUUCCGAAAGAUUUGAAUAGUCGGCCGCAUUAUGAUGCGGAGUCCUCUGACGUGCUUGUCCUCGAUGGCAAGGACGUUUCCAAUGAAGCAUUGCGUGACCCCGGAAUUGAAUGGGAGCUAAAGCAUAGAAAUGAAUGGAAAUUGGCGGAACAAUGGGUGAAGGAGACUGCAAAAAAAGAGCAAGCGAAAUUUCAAAGGAACUUAAGAGAUACGCAGCAUAAAGUAUGGAAUCAACUUAAGGAUGACUGGAUACACCAGGAGUUUCAGGACGAUGACGUUGGUGAAGUCAUACCUUACAUACAUACGUCGAUGCCAUUUCAGGACCCUGUGUAUCCGGAUCAGUUAGCGCCCAAACCUUCCCACCUAUCAGGAUCAGUCAUCGAUUCACCGCCUCCUGAGACAGAUGACCCAGUGCCAUCGCCAAGUGGCGCCAUAAACGACUGGGAUAUCCAAGAUAUUCAAGCGCAUCCAGAUGCAGUGGAGAGCGCACUUAUAGGCAUCGACCCGUAUUCUGACGUGAAAGACGACGGACUGGUAUUCGAAAAAAUUUAUCGCCAAUCUGACACCAAACAAGAUUAUGUCGACCUCCACAUCGACGUCGCCAAGCCCAUCGUUCAAGACCCUGUCGACAACCCGUAUGAUGACCCUUAUGCCAAUAUGGAGGAUAUCGUGCGAGACGAGUUGAAAACUUCGGCACAGCAAUAUGGUGGAGACAAAGGCUUUUCUGUACUGCCCAAGAGUAAUUUAAACCUCGAAUUUACUCCAUCAUUUUUAAAAUCCGAUGGGGAUCAUGAUCCCGGGAUGCCGCGUGACCCUGACAGGCAGAUGUCGGGGCGUGACAUUCCCGCGUUCAUCACUCCGGAUCAGUGUACUAACCCCUGGUACGUCCCCGAUUCCUCCUCCACUACCGUCACCCCAACUCCCUCCCCUCCCCCAGCCUCGGACCUUUUGCCCCCUCCCAAGACCGUCAGGGAGAUGCUCCACUGGCUGGUCGGGUUGAACCAAUAUGGGUAUGUUGCGAAAAUUAAGGAUCACGUUGAAGGUCUUUUGAGGGGUUAUAACAAAGACGUCUCACAGCUCUCAGAUGCCCUCGAGGUCACUGGGGAUCCCACUCAGCUGACCGCUUCCCAUGUCGCCGACGUUCUGACACAGACAUGUCACUACGCGGCCACCGUUCUCCACAGGAUUAAGCAUAAAGACAUUUCGACAGCUGUUUCAAUGCCUGACUUCACCUCAGAAUAUUCCAAGCUUCGUUAUUCCUCCGACCCCGCCUGCCUCCUCUGCCAGCUGCGGGACUACGUCUACGCCUGCUAUCACCAGCUGGCGUUCCUGAAGUCGCAGUGUUCUCGAGUCUCCCAGCACGGUGGUUGGCAGGCUUGUGAAUAUGGCCUUCAUGCCUUUCUGACCGACGACCCAAGCUCCAAGUUCGAGACACAUCCCUUCGACCCGUGCGACAUCUGCCUCAAGAGCCGUGUAAACAUGGGAUUUCAAAAGCAUGAUUUGCCUGACAAAUUGGAAACUGGCAAGCAUAUUUCCACCAUCCUCACUCCCAGCUGCGGCGGCGACGACCCUUUGCUUAUAUUAUGUUCUUAUCUCAACUGCCUCACCAGGCGGACGCCGCGCACCACCGGGGAGCUUGUCUCCUUCUUCCACAAUUUCGGGAAUGAGCUGCAAGCAUCUUCACAGUUAUCCAGGCUGGGCUCUGCCCUCUCCAAGUCACAUGACGACUGCCCCGACUGGGACCGCCUUGGUGACGCCGACCUCAAUGCAAUCAAGGACGUCCGGGGCUCCGGUACUCCCAACUCCAACCACAACAAUGGCCAUCCCAAGACACUGUCCACAUUGCUUGGCUGCGGCAUCACUAAUGUGAACUGCCCACAGCAUAUGAAGCCCAUCACCUAUCGGGCCUACGCCCUGUACUCCACGGCGUUCGUCCACCACUACCUCAGCUGGGUGGCCUACCUAUCUGACAGACUCUGGGAGUCGCUGGAAAAGCUGAGUAUAGACAUGAAGAAGCAUUAUGGUACCAAGUGUUUAUCACUCCACCAGUGCCCCGAAGCCCUGCCCCUCCUCUACACUCACGGGUUCACUGCACCAGAAGGGACACUACAAUCACGAAUCUCCUGUUCCAAGGUCAGCGCUAAGUUGGAGGCAGUGGUCUCCGGAAAGCCUAUCGCAGACCUUAUUACCUGCAUGGACAAUUUCCUCAUCGGCAUCCGUGCUCCCUUCCUCUUUGCCAUCACAACGCUCUGGCUCAUCGCCACGCUCUACAUCGCCCACUCACUCCUCUACCGCAUCGACGUUCUGCGCAUCCGCUCCCACCUCACCACCAGGGCCUCACACCUCAUCGACGUCAAGGCGCUGCUCGCCGGCAGCCGCAGGAUGCUCUCACUCUACAAGGACGUCGACUACUUCGACGACGACUUUCACUCGUGA